GCCGGGCCGGGCGGCCGCCCGCCCGCCCGCCUAUUUGAGGGAAAGUAUCAGUUUGUCGGCGCUCAGUGCCGGCCGCCGCGCAGAGGCAGCGGGCGAGCGGCCGCCGGUCGGGGCGAGCAGCCGGCGCGGCGCUGCCCCCCUGCCGAGGACCGCCGCGCUCGUCGCACGAGUGGCGGCGGGGGGUGCCGCCCGCCCGCGCCCCUUCCCCGCCGCGUUUUUAAUGGAAACAUGGCGAUGGCGGCUCCGACCGGCAGCGCGGCGCCCGUCGCCCCGGCCCUCUGCGGCCACCUCGCCCUGCUGCUGCUGCUCGCCGCCCCCGCCGCCCACGGCUACAGCUUCCCCCAGCAGCACACUAUGCAGUACUGGGCCAGAAGGCUGGAGCAGGAGAUUGAUGGAGUGAUGAGGAUAUUUGGUGGAGUCCAGCAGCUCAGAGGGAUCUACAAUGAGAACAGAAACCUGUUUGAGGUCAAAGAGAAUGUGCCCAGGAAAUUAGUGGAGAAGGUUGCAGGCGACAUCGAGAGUCUCUUGGCCAAGAAAGUCCGUGCUUUAAAGAGGCUGGCGAGCGCGGCGGAGAAGUUCCAGAAGGCUCACCACUGGCAGGACAACAUCAGGGAGGAAGACAUCGAGUACUACGACUCCAAGGCCGACACUGAAUACGAUGACCCUGACGGGGAAGAGAUCGAGAGGGAGAAGUCGAACUCCUUGAAGCUGGAGUUCACAGACGAUGCCAACUUCAAGACCAAGGUCAACUACUCGUACGCCGCCGUGCAGAUCCCGACGGACAUCUACAAAGGCUCCACCGUGAUCCUCAAUGAGCUGAACUGGACCCAGGCGCUCGAGGACGUCUUCGUGGAGAACCGCAAGGAAGACCCCUCCCUGCUCUGGCAGGUCUUCGGCAGCGCCACCGGCGUCACCCGCUACUACCCAGCCACGCCGUGGAGAGCGCCCAACAAGAUCGACCUCUACGACGUGCGCCGCAGGCCGUGGUACAUCCAAGGGGCCUCCUCGCCCAAGGACAUGGUCAUCAUCGUGGACGUGAGCGGCAGUGUAAGCGGCCUCACCCUCAAACUGAUGAAGACCUCGGUCUACGAGAUGCUGGACACCCUUUCGGACGACGACUACGUCAACGUGGCUUCGUUCAACGAGAAGGCGAAGCCGGUGUCGUGCUUCAAGCACCUGGUGCAAGCCAACAUCCGUAACAAGAAGGUCUUCAAGGAGGACGUGCAGGGGAUGGUGGCCAAGGGCACGACCGAUUACAAGGCCGGCUUUGAGUACGCCUUCGACCAGCUGCAGAACUCCAACAUCACGCGUGCCAACUGCAACAAGAUGAUCAUGAUGUUCACGGACGGCGGGGAGGACCGGGUGCAGGACGUCUUCGAGAAGUACAACUGGCCCAAUAAGACCGUGCGCGUGUUCACCUUCUCCGUGGGGCAGCACAACUACGACGUGACCCCUCUGCAGUGGAUGGCCUGUGCCAACAAAGGUUACUACUUUGAAAUCCCCUCCAUCGGCGCCAUCCGCAUCAACACGCAGGAGUACCUGGACGUGCUGGGCAGACCCAUGGUCCUGGCCGGGAACCGGGCCAAGCAGGUCCAGUGGACCAACGUCUAUCAGGACGCCCUGGGCCUGGGCCUCGUGGUGACGGGCACGCUGCCGGUGUUCAACCUCACAGAGGACAGCAGCGACAGGAAGAACCAGCUCAUCCUGGGUGUGAUGGGGAUCGACGUGGCUCUCAACGACAUCAAGAAGCUGACACCACGAUACAAUUUAGGGGCAAAUGGGUACGUCUUCGCCAUCGACCUGAACGGAUACGUCCUGCUGCACCCCAACCUGCAACCCCAGAUCAUCAACUUCCGCGAGCCGGUGACACUGGACUUUCUCGACGCCGAGCUGGAGGACGAGAACAAGGAGGAGAUCCGGAGAAGCAUGAUUGAUGGGAACGACGGGCAGAGAUUCAUCAAGACCCUCAUCAAGUCCCUCGAUGAGCAAUACAUCGACGAGGUGUUCAGGACCUACACGUGGGCUCCUAUCAAAAGCACCAACUACAGCCUGGGGCUGGUUCUGCCGCCCUACAGCACCUACUACAUCCAGGCCAACCUCAGCGACCAGAUCCUCCAAGUGAAGUAUUUUGAAUACCUGCUGCCAAACAGCUUUGAGUCGGAGGGACAUGUGUUCAUUGCUCCCAGAGAGUAUUGCAAAGACCUCGACUUGUCGGAUAACAACACCGAGUUCCUGGAAAACUUUAUUGCCCUCAUGGAAAAGGUGACCCCAGACUCCAAGCAGUGCGACAAUUUCCUCCUGCACAACCUCAUCCUGGACACGGGCAUCACGCAGCAGCUGGUGGAGCGGGUCUGGAAGGACCAGGACCUCAACACGUACAGCCUCCUGGCCGUCUUCGCAGCCACCGACGGGGGCAUCACCCGCGUCUUCCCUAACAAGGCUGCGGACGACUGGGAGGAGGAGCCGGAGCCCUUCAAUGCCAGCUUCUACCGCAGGAGCCUAGAUAACAAGGGCUACAUCUUCAAACCGCCCUACCGGGAUGCCGGCUACCGAGGGCUGGACCUGGAAAACAACACCAUCGGGAUCCUGGUGAGCACCGCCGUGGAGCUCAGCAUCGGGGGCAAGACGCUGAAGCCAGCAGUGGUUGGAGUGAAACUGGACCUGGAGGCCUGGGCAGAGAAGUUCAAAGUGCUGGCGAGCAACCGGACAGACCGGGACCAGCUGGGCACGCGCAGGUGUGACCCCUCGACAAGCUGCGAGAUGGACUGUGAGGCCAACAACAAGGACCUCAUCUGUGUCCUCAUCGAUGAUGGAGGCUUCCUGGUGCUCUCCAACCAGGAGGAUCACUGGUACCAGGUGGGCAAGUUCUUCAGCGAGGUGGAUGCCAACCUGAUGUCUGCCCUCUACAACAACUCCUUCUACACCCGCAAGGAAUCCUAUGACUUCCAGUCCGUGUGCGCCCCCGAGGCCCAGAGCAACACGGGCGCUGCCCCCCGCGGCGUCUUCGUGCCCACCAUGGCAGACUUCCUCAACCUCGCCUGGUGGACCUCGGCCGCAGCCUGGUCUCUGUUCCAGCAGUUCCUGUACGGCCUCACCUACAGCAGCUGGUUUCAGACAGAGGACGUCACGGCAGACAGCAUGGAGUCCAGGGAGACCAGCUGCAUCAUGAAGCAGACGCAGUACUACUUCAGCACCGUCAAUGCCACCUACAACGCCAUGAUCGACUGUGGGAACUGCUCGAGGCUCUUCCACGCGCAGAGGCUGGCCAACACCAACCUGCUCUUCGUGGUGGCCGACAAGCCGAUGUGCAGCCAGUGCGAGUCUGUCAAGCUGCUUCAGGCAGAGAUACGAGCUCCCCCACGAGAUCCAAAUCAGUGUGAGCUGGUGGACAGGCCCCGCUACCGGAAAGGUCCCCACAUCUGCUUUGAUUACAAUGCAACAGAAGAUACCUCAGACUGCGGCCGAGGGGCUUCGUUCGCCCCCUCCCUGGGGGUCCUACUGUCUCUGCAGCUGCUUCUCCUCUACUUGAGCGCCAGCCGGCACCCGCUGCCCUCGGCCUCCUGCCUUUAAGCGCCCGCACGGCCGCCCCAUCCACGUUUCUUUUGUUUCCGACGCCAUCUCCAUCCCCCUUCCAGGCGUGGUGGGAAGGGCAGCGGCAUCUUCUCCUCGGCCCCUCGCCGGGGUCCGUGACCCUCCUCCCCGGCGCGGGGAGCUGGGAGCUGCUCGCUCUGGGGUCGGGAUCGGGGUCGGUGCUGGCCCCACAGCUGCCACGUUCCCCGGCUCGGCCCUGGGACCCCGCGCUCCCCGCGCCGGCGGCCCCAUCCAAAGACGAGCGGCCCCCCGGCGCUGGGGUUGCGGCCAGUGUUUCCCCCCGCCGCGGCCCCUGGACUUGGGCUUCACGGGCGCCGCCGCCACCCUCGCCGUCUCGCCACGCACGGGCGGCCACUCGCCGCGCUGGGGAGAGGAGCGCCGGCUGCCGCCUCCGCCGCGCGCCACGGCCUCUCGAGCGCCGCCGGAGCCGAUGCCAGGCUCCGGCACCGGGCUCCAUCCGCUUCCCGUGCCAGCAGCGCCGCCAGGGCUCCAUCCUGCCGCCGCUCACCUUAGUCCAAACUGCUCACGUUUUUUUAGCCUGAGGAUUUUAAACCAGAUCUUUCUACAUCUAGUUUCCGACAUUUUAGCCUGGAGAAUUACGGUAUUUAUUGUCAGCAACAAGGACACAAAAAAAAAAAAAAAAGGAAAAAAAAAAGAAAACAGAACUUGACGUGACUGUGCUGGUCAGUAUGGUUUCUUUCAGUGGCUACGGCGGCCCCGGGGCUGCCCGCGCGCCGCGGCGGAGGGCGGCCGGUCGCGGCGGCUCCGCGGGGUUUGGGGCUCGGCCCAGGCCGGGGCCCGGACAGGGCAGAGCUGAACGUCGCCUUUGCCAGGACCGGCCCUAGCCCUCGGUUCCCGCGCUCACGUUGUCUGCUCUCAUCCGUUCUUGGGCACAGAUAUGGGGGUGAAAAGGAGAAAAAAAAACGAUAUUUUUUUUUCUUUCUUUUCUGUUCUGCAGAUCACUGUGAAAUCCUUCCUGUCCGCCCUGCCCCAUCCCCGCUCCCGCCCCCGGCAGCCCCGCCAAAGAAGCCGCCGUGCCGCCUUGGAGGGGGGGCACAAGGGGUUUGGGGGGGGCGCGGAGCGGGGCCACGGGGGUCUCCCGGCCCCCCGCCCCGCUUGGCGCCGGGGGUAAUUACUGGUCAUUCUGCUUGUAGCUUUUUCGGUGUGUGUUUGGUUACUGUCUCUGGGAACUGUGUUUGAACAGAUGGCUGGCUCUGUGUUACCGGGAGUGUGCGUACUUCUAUAGUCUAGUUAGGUGCUCUUCGAGACUACCGCCACCUAUACAUAACUAUAAAUAUAUACAUAUAUAGUCUAUUUUAAGUUAAAGACCAAUGAAACGGAGGGACCGCGCAGCCCCCGGGCAGCGCGGCCUGCCCGGUCCCCACCUGGAAAGCUUCUCUCUGCUCAUUCAAAGGCUUUGGGUUUUUAAUUGGUUUUCUUUAAUUUAUUUUUAAUUUGUUUUUUUUUUGUACAGAAGAGUUGGAAAACUUCAAAAAAAAAAAACCAACAAAAAGACGAUUUGUAAGAUAUCGUGCGUGUGACUCCUUGUAAAAUAUUUUCAAAUGGUUUAUUACAGAGACUCAGUUAUUAAAUAAUGUUCAUAUUUUCACUUCA